AUGCAGCUCGGCAUUAUAUUAGUCGUCACCUUUACUUUGGCGUCCCGUGCUCUUUGCGCUGACUGCCCCUGUGGCUGGCGCCUGGAGAAGGGUCAUGGCAGCACGAUAGUUUCUACUUACGCGUACACUCACCGCUUGCAUGAGGACUUCAGUCAAUACCCCGACAUCAAGUCCAUUCUCACCGAUCCCGAAGCGGCCAAUUUCAACAACGACUGGAUGAUCUACGACUACUAG